ACACCUGUUCUGCGCAGGUGGUCGCAGUGUACCUCAAGACAUUAUUUAAGACCAGACACUUGGAUCUAUUGUCGUGUACAUCAUAGACUUAAAAUGGCAGUAUGUACUUUAGCUGUGUUCACUGCCGUUUUUGUGUGUUCUGUGUCUGGCCAGUUCCCGCGCGCCUGUAUGACUGUAGACGGGAUCGUGUCUAAAGAGUGUUGUCCUGAGUUGAUCUCUCCGGACGGACAGAACCUCGGCGUGUGCGGAGAGAACGCCAGCCGGGGCUCCUGUCAGGACCUGACCGUCCCCGACAUCCCCCACAACCCGGAAUAUCCCUUCACCAACGUGGACGACCGAGAACGAUGGCCCAACAAGUUCUUCAACCGGACCUGCGCGUGUCAGGGCAACUUCUGGGGCUACAACUGCGGCGAGUGUCGGUACGGCUGGACGGGAGAGAGCUGUGCCCAGCCGGCCCCGCCAGUCUUACGGAAGAACAUUCAGAACUGUACGGCGGAGGAAAGACGGCGGUUCGUGGACGCCUUGGACCAGGCCAAGAGAAGCGUCCAUCCUGACUACAUCAUCUGUAAGGAACACUGGCUCGGUUUGCUGGGACCAAACGGCACGGAGCCGCAAGUGACAAACGUGACGAUCUAUGACCUGUUUGUGUGGAUGCAUUACUACGCUGUUAGAGACACACUACUGGGUCCAAACCAACCGUGGAGGGAGAUAGACUUUGCACAUGAAGGUCCCGCCUACAACACCUGGCACCGGAUGCACCUGUUGUGGCUGGAACGGGAGAUACAGAAGAUGUUGGGAGAUGAGAGCUUCGCGCUGCACUACUGGGACUGGUCGGUAGGAGGUACGGAGUGUGACGUGUGUACAGACGACAUGAUGGGAGCCCGCCACCCCCUGAACCCGACUGCCCUGAGCCCCGGCUCGCCCUUCUCCCGCUGGCAGUCCGUCUGUAUGAGUCUGGACGACUACAACCGGCUGGUGACGCUGUGUAACGGGACGGACGAGGGGCCGAUCUUCCGCAACCCCGGCGGGAACGUGGACCGGCCCGACUUCAGGACGCUCCCCAGCCGAAGAGAUGUCGGACGCUGUCUGGACCUCCCGCUCUACGACAACCCGAACUGGACGGAGACUGCCGAGCGGAGUUUCCGGAACACGCUGGAAGGGUUCGACCAUCCUGACGGGGAGUACGACCCAAGUAUCCGCUCCCUGCACAACCUGGCGCACCUGUUCCUCAACGGCACGGCCUCCAUCACACACGCCUCAGCUAACGACCCCAUCUUCGUCCUGCUGCAUUCUUACAGUGACGCCAUCUUUGAUGCCUGGCUGGUUCUGCAAAACGCGUCGUCAUUGGUCAGCUACCCGGAGGAGGGCGCCCCUAUAGGUCACAACCUGAACAGCACCAUGGUGCCGUUCUUCCCUGUGGUCACCAACGCAGACGUCUUUCAGUUUUCACAGGACAUCGGUUAUGCUUUCGACGCUCUUCCUGAAAGGGUGCCAGAGGGACCAUCUCAACUCACCAGCUUAGAGAUUUUCGGCAUGGGAGCCGGGGCCUUCAUAGGUUGUGUCGUGUGUGUCCUGGUCGCGUUCGGGAUCGCUCGUAAGUUGUCGGCAAAACGUUGGGGAGGACCCGACGGCAAGGGAGUGUACCAACCACUCCUGAAGGAGGAGGACGGCAGGGGGCGCUGCUACACGGCGGAUACUACUGUAACAUUCAUGGAUAACGACGUCAGGUGUAACGUGGAUCGCCGGUAGAUAUAAAGGGCGACAUGAAACUACCUGUGUCGGGGAGGAUUUGUAAAUAUUGCUCCUCAAAUGCAGUGGAAGACGAAAAUCAUUUCAUCUCUAAUUGUUCAUUUCAUGACGAUAUCAGAAAACAAUUACCAGUAUUUACCACCGUGUCCAAAUUGCUCCCUCUAUCCCCUACCACGAGAAAACAAUUUUACUACUAAAAUCAAAGCACCCUAUAGAAGUGGGUAAAUUCCAUUGCCUCAAAAGAAGAAGUCAAACCCAGCAAAACUAGUAUCAUGUAUGUUGUAAAAUGCUGUAUAAUGCUAGACAUAGUCCCUCAUACCGUUGUAUUUUCUUUUUUACCACCUCCUUUAUCUUAUCUGUUUUUUUCUUCCA